UAAAACAAUGGCGGCGCCCAUUCAACGUUCAAUUUUGAAGUUGCUGAAAUCAACAUCUGGUAGUUUAAAAAGAUCUCUUAGCGGAACAAAUAGAGUAACUGGAAGUCUUCUUAAUCAGCAACAUAGAGCAGAUAUCAGAGACUAUUCAACAGAGCCACAACAUGCACAAUAUAGUAAAUAUGGAGGAAGAACUACUGUGACAGCCCUGACGGGAGAUGGUGUCGGACCAGAGUUAUUAUCUUAUGUGGAGGAAGUGUUCAGAUAUGCAGGCGCCCCUGUAGAUUUCGAGAAUUUGGAAAUAAAUGCCAGCACAAGCGAUGAGGACACACUACGCAGUGCUAUCCUGUCAGUGCAGCGUAAUGGGAUAGCUCUCAAAGGAAAUAUUGAGAGUAAAUUUGAUGAACCAGGAUUCAAAUCCAUGAAUGUUGAGCUAAGGACAAAACUGGAUUUAUUUGCCAGUAUUGUGUGGUGUAAAUCUAUUGCUGGAGUCCAAACUCGACACAAGAAUCUAGACAUCAUCUUAAUACGUGAAAAUACAGAGGGAGAAUACUCAAACCUGGAAUAUGAGAUUGUACCAGGCUGUAUAGAGAAUCUGAAAAUCAUAACAGCAGCAAAGUCUACCAAGAUUGCUAAGUAUGCCUUCGAAUUUGCCAAGACCCACGGAAGAAAGAAGGUCACAGCUAUUCACAAGGCAAACAUCAUGAAAUUGGGAGAUGGGCUUUUCUUAGAAUCUUGUAGAAAGGUGGCCUGUCAGUACCCAGACAUUGAGUUCAGUGACAUGAUUGUAGACAAUGCCAGUAUGCAGAUGGUGUCUAAGCCUCAGCAGUUUGAUGUGCUGGUGAUGCCCAAUCUCUAUGGUAACAUCCUGAGUAACAUCACCGCUGGGCUGGUUGGGGGACCCGGGGUGAUUCCAGGCAUGAACAUCGGGGACAACUACGCCGUCUUUGAAAUGGGAACUCGAAGUUCUGGCCGUAGUAUGAAAGGGAAGAAUAUUGCCAAUCCCACAGGAAUGUUGUUAGCCAGUUGUGAUAUGUUAGAUUACAUUGGCUAUAACCACCAUGCUGAGUUGAUCCGAGAAUCUGUGAUGAAAGUUUUGUCUGAGGACAGAAUCCAGACCCCAGAUCUAGGAGGUCAGGCAACAACUUUAGAAGUUGUACAAGCCAUUAUAGAUGAUAUUAAACCAAAGACAUCUAGUUGGAGUUCCACUGCAGCACAAAAUAUUUACAGCCUCAAAUGAGGAAAUGAGGAACAUGCAGUGAAGAAAAGAUACCACUAGUGAAUCAGUGAAGCUGUCCAGGAGGAAUUUGAAUGAAGUUUUGUAAAAUGUCUAGUGUCUAGUAAAACUAGGGAAAAAAAAACAUUUUAACAAUUUAUAUUUCUGUUUGUGUUUCAAGUGUGUAAGUUGAAAAUAAUAUUUUUACUGUUUAUUGUAAACUGUUUAGAGAAAAUUGUCUAAAUUAUUCAAUUUUAUGUUAUCAUUGUGUUACCACUUAUU